AGUGUAGUAAUAUAUUUUAUAAUGGUCAUAAUUUGAACUUUCAGGCUAAUGUACUAUAAAUAUUUGUAUUAUGCAUUACUACCAUCUGAAAUGUACCAAAACACGUUUAGAAAGAACAAUUAUGGACAAAAAAGCAACAAGCAUUAUAUUUUGUUUGACAUAUUUCAUGUUAACAGAAAUGUUUCAUUGAUUUUUCUGUAACUUUUAAUGCAUCCCAUUUGUGGAGUAAUGAAAAUGUAAUGAUAAUUGCCACAAUGUAAGCAAAAAUUGUAUCCUACCUGAAAAUUACUUUUCAGAAAAUUCCUGGUAGUGUACUCAGAAUUUGAGACUUAAGAGGGCAGAGAUUUCCCCGAUUGUGGUGUUUUGAUUUGGGCUAAGAGGAACUCUUUUUUUUUUUUUUUUUUUUUUUUUCCACUUAGGUGCCCUUUAACAUGACAAGUUUUGAAUGAGUUAGGUAGCAGAAGUUUUUCGUGACAAUUAUUGUAGCUACUAACCUAUAGCAUCUAUCCUUCUAACGUUCAAAGAAAAUAUAUUUUUCUGUCACUGUGUGUGGCAAACUUUAUUUUCUUGUGCCCUUAAUUUUGGCCCCGUCUCUCACAUUAUCUCCUGAUGUUUACUGACCUUUACAUCAGUUUUGUUUAGGCCAUCUUUCUUGUUAAUCUUCCACUAUUAAUAGUAUUGUAUUAUGUUGCUCUGCUGGGCUUUAAAAAUAUUGAGUAUUCCAUUUUUGGUGUAUAUCACUGUAUAAAAUGUCCUAUAAAUUAUUUUCUUGUAUAUUAUUUUGUAAGUUUUUGCAGUGAAUACAUGCUGCCUUGCUUGUAUUCUUUCCUUUUUCCCACUGAUGGAAUACAAGUUAUGUAAACUCUCUUUAUUAUCCUAACUAGUGCAGCAACACAAACGCUUUUGAAAUAAGAAAGCAUACUCAUGCAAGAGUAAAGUAAUCUUUUAUGGCAUUUACAUCAUGUUUGACUCUCCUCUGCACUUCGGCAAACUAGGAGGAGGUUGUAACUUGGACUCUAUAAAACCUUAUCUGCCAGGUGAUAUGUAAACAGGAUUGUAUGCACACACAUUGUCAUACAGGCAAACACUCUCCCAACUGGUGAGCUCAUAAAAAGCACUGUCUGCGAAUUUAUGGUACCUGCACCUCGUUUGAGAAUCAAGUAUUUUGAUGCUUAAUUUGAGAUGAAAUCAUGAUCCUCCCUCCCUGCUUCCUCAUCCUUAAAGAAGUACUAAGAUUAAAUAGAAUUUUGUAAACUUCUACUUAACUUGGCCAUUAUUUAUAUUUGUAACUCAACAGGCUUCUUGGUGGAGGGACUGAGCCUUCUAAAGAUUUUAAAGACAUUAUAGUGUAGAACAGCUUACCUUCCUUCUCUGUACACACAGAUGAUACGUGGGGAAACCAAGGACUACAAGAAUUACUUCUUUUGCAUAUCAGUCCCCGGCAUGCAAUCAAUGCUUAAAUAAAUGCUUGGUGAAUGGAUUAGUUAGAAGUAAGAAUAUUUUGGCUACUGUUCAUUACUUUGAAAAGUGCUGGAAAGAAGUGGAAGUUAUUUUCCUUUCCAGCUGGGCUGUGCUCUUAAAAAUAGUGAGUGUGUAUGGAUGAAAAUAAUCAUGACUACCGAGAUGUGUUGCCAUGUACCCAAGGAUAAUUGGCUCACUUACCUGUUUACGGAUUAUUCACAUUGGAGAUCAUAUUCAUAGCUCCAGAAUAGUUUCUUUCUGACAUCCAAUAUAAACCUGGGCCUCCUCCUUCCUACUGUUACCUGGCGUGAGCUUAGGAAACCCAAACUAAAUUUAAAAUCAGCCUAAGCAAAUGUGCAGAUCAGCUCCAGUAAUCAAAGACUGAAAAUCAGUCCAGCAUUCACUAGUUCAGGGAUGAUUUCAUAGUAACCCUGCUACUGAUUUUUUUUGAAUUUUUUUUUCUGUUUAAUGUGGAUAAUUGGGAAUUACCGGUAUUUAAGAAUACAAUUUUAAUGGAUAGGGCUAAAAAAUACAUUAGCCGAUGAAGUCCUCAACUUCUUCCAUUUCUGUGCAUAGGUUUUACCUCACAAAAACUACUACAAGCACCAAGCUCCCUGAUGGAAAGGAGCAUCGUGCAUCCAGUCACCAGGGUGGUCCAUUCAAGCUGCAGAUUUGUUUGUCAUCCUUGUACAACAAUCUCCUCCUCCACUGCCACUACAGGGAAGUGCAUCACAUGUCAGCAUACUGGAGCAUAGUGAAAGAGUCUAUUUUGAAGCUUCAAACGUAGUGCUGCUGCAGACCAGGAACAAGAGAGAAAGAGUGGAUUUCAGCCUGCGCGGAUGGUCUUGAAACACAAAUGGUUUUUGGUCUAGGCAUUUUACAUUGAGAUUCUCCACUGCCACCCUUUCUACUCAAGCAAAAUCUUCGUGAAAAGAUCUGCUGCAAGGAACUGAUCGCUUAUGGUUCUCCAUUGUGAUGAAAGCACAUGGUACAGUUUUCCAAAGAAAUUAGACCAUUUUCUAAGUGAAAAAGAAAUCGACGUGCAGUUUUCAUAGGGUAUUUCUCACUUCUCUGUGAAAGGAAGAAAGAAAGCACCUGAGCCCAAGAGCCCUCAGGAGCCCUCCAGCACCUGUGGGAAGUCUCCAUGGUGAAAUAUAGGCUGAGGCUACCUGUGAACAGUACGCAGUGAAUGUUCAUCCAGAGCUGCUGUUGGCGGAUUGUACCCACGGGGAGAUGAUUCCUCAUGAAGAGCCUGGAUCCCCUACAGAAAUCAAAUGUGACUUUCCGUUUAUCAGACUAAAAUCAGAGCCAGCCAGACAGUGAAACAGUCACCGUGGAGGGGGGACGGCGAAAAAUGAAAUCCAACCAAGAGCGGAGCAACGAAUGCCUGCCUCCCAAGAAGCGCGAGAUCCCCGCCACCAGCCGGUCCUCCGAGGAGAAGGCUCCUGCCCUGCCCAGUGACAACCACCGGGUGGAGGGCACAGCAUGGCUCCCGGGCAACCCUGGUGGCCGGGGCCACGGGGGCGGGAGGCAUGGGCCGGCAGGGACCUCGGUGGAGCUUGGUUUACAACAGGGAAUAGGUUUACACAAAGCAUUGUCCACAGGGCUGGACUACUCCCCGCCCAGCGCUCCCAGGUCUGUCCCCGUGGCCACCACGCUGCCCGCCGCGUACGCCACCCCGCAGCCAGGGACCCCGGUGUCCCCCGUGCAGUACGCUCACCUGCCGCACACCUUCCAGUUCAUUGGGUCCUCCCAAUACAGCGGGACCUAUGCCAGCUUCAUCCCAUCACAGCUGAUCCCCCCAACCGCCAACCCCGUCACCAGUGCGGUGGCCUCGGCUGCAGGGGCCACCACUCCAUCCCAGCGCUCCCAGCUGGAGGCCUAUUCCACUCUGCUGGCCAACAUGGGCAGUCUGAGCCAGACGCCGGGACACAAGGCUGAGCAGCAGCAGCAGCAGCAGCAGCAACAGCAGCAGCAGCAGCAGCACCUCAGCAGGGCUCCGGGGCUCAUCACCCCGGGGUCCCCCCCACCCGCCCAGCAGAACCAGUACGUCCACAUUUCCAGUUCUCCGCAGAACACCGGCCGCGCCGCCUCUCCUCCGGCCAUCCCCGUCCACCUCCACCCCCACCAGACGAUGAUCCCACACACGCUCACCCUGGGGCCCCCCUCCCAGGUCGUCAUGCAAUACGCCGACUCCGGCAGCCACUUUGUCCCUCGGGAGGCCACCAAGAAAGCCGAGAGCAGCCGGCUGCAGCAGGCCAUCCAGGCCAAGGAGGUCCUGAACGGUGAGAUGGAGAAGAGCCGGCGGUACGGGGCCCCGUCCUCGGCCGACCUGGGCCUGGGCAAGGCAGGCGGCAAGUCGGUUCCUCACCCGUACGAGUCCAGGCACGUGGUGGUCCACCCGAGCCCCUCAGACUACAGCAGUCGUGAUCCUUCGGGGGUCCGGGCCUCUGUGAUGGUCCUGCCCAACAGCAACACGCCCGCAGCUGACCUGGAGGUGCAACAGGCCACUCAUCGUGAGGCCUCCCCCUCCACCCUCAACGACAAAAGUGGCCUGCAUUUAGGGAAGCCUGGCCACCGGUCCUACGCGCUCUCACCCCACACGGUCAUUCAGACCACACACAGUGCUUCAGAGCCACUCCCGGUGGGACUGUCAGCCACAGCCUUCUACGCAGGGACUCAACCCCCUGUCAUCGGCUACCUGAGCGGCCAGCAGCAAGCAAUCACCUACGCCGGCAGCCUGCCCCAGCACCUGGUGAUCCCCGGCACACAGCCCCUGCUCAUCCCGGUCGGCAGCACUGACAUGGAAGCGUCGGGGGCAGCCCCGGCCAUAGUCACGUCAUCCCCCCAGUUUGCUGCAGUGCCUCACACGUUCGUCACCACCGCCCUUCCCAAGAGCGAGAACUUCAACCCCGAGGCCCUGGUCACCCAGGCCGCCUACCCAGCCAUGGUGCAGGCCCAGAUCCACCUGCCUGUGGUGCAGUCCGUGGCCUCCCCGGCGGCGGCUCCCCCUACGCUGCCUCCCUACUUCAUGAAAGGCUCCAUCAUCCAGUUGGCCAACGGAGAGCUAAAGAAGGUGGAAGACUUAAAAACAGAAGAUUUCAUCCAGAGUGCAGAGAUAAGCAAUGACCUGAAGAUUGACUCCAGCACCGUAGAGAGGAUUGAAGACAGCCAUAGCCCGGGCGUGGCCGUGAUACAGUUCGCCGUCGGGGAGCACCGAGCCCAGGUCAGCGUUGAAGUUUUGGUAGAGUAUCCUUUUUUUGUGUUUGGACAGGGCUGGUCAUCCUGCUGUCCGGAGAGAACCAGCCAGCUCUUUGAUUUGCCGUGUUCCAAACUCUCAGUUGGGGAUGUCUGCAUCUCGCUUACCCUCAAAAACCUGAAGAAUGGCUCUGUUAAAAAGGGCCAGCCGGUGGAUCCCGCCAGCGUCCUGCUGAAGCACUCAAAGGCCGACGGCCUGGCGGGCAGCAGACACAGGUAUGCUGAGCAGGAAAACGGAAUCAACCAGGGGAGUGCCCAGAUGCUCUCUGAGAAUGGCGAACUGAAGUUUCCAGAGAAAAUGGGAUUGCCUGCAGCGCCCUUCCUCACCAAAAUAGAACCCAGCAAGCCUGCGGCAACGAGGAAGAGGAGGUGGUCGGCGCCGGAGAGCCGCAAACUGGAGAAGUCAGAAGACGAACCACCUUUGACUCUUCCUAAGCCUUCUCUAAUUCCUCAGGAGGUUAAGAUUUGCAUUGAAGGCCGGUCUAAUGUAGGCAAGUAGAGGCAGCGUGGGGGAAAGGAAACGUGGCUCUCCCUUAUCAUUUGUAUCCAGAUUACUGUACUGUAGGCUAAAAUAACACAGUAUUUACAUGUUA